CACAGGCAUCCAGUGACACGGUAACCUGCAUUAGCUGCCUCUGUUGCACUGCGGUGGCGCUCCACACAUCUUUCCCCGCUCUGGUGUUGUCUGUGUGGGGAUAAAGCUGAGUGGUGCUCGGUCAUGUGAUCUCUGUUUUUUUUUUUCUUUUCUUUUCCUCCUCCGAAGUUGAAAGGCAGGGGCAGAGCAGUGGAGGGGCCCAGUUAGUCUUCCUGCCGCUGGCCGUGGAUGCAGCGUCUCUUCCCGUCUUUCCCUCCACGCUGUCGUUACUGUCGCGGCCGCUGUGAUUUUCCUGCUUUUCUGGAAACAAACUCCAGCCUUUAAAUCAUCAUGGCGGGGGCUAUUAUUGAAAACAUGAGCACCAAAAAGUUGGUGAUAGUGGGAGUCACUCUGCUUUUGUUCCAGGUGCUCGCCUUCAUGGUCGGCGGUUUAAUUGCUCCCAGCCCUACCACAGCAAUGCACUACCUGGCCACCAAAUGUGUGGACACAAUCAAGCACCGUCAGGAAUCGAAAUGGUUUAUGCCAUGGGGUCAUGACCAGUGUGAAAAGAUCCGGAGCUUUGAUGAGGCCGUGGCCAAAAAGAUUGAAGCCAACAACAUUGUGUUUGCUGUCCACAUUCCUCUACCCCAGAAGGAAAUGAGUUCCUGGUUCCAGUUCAUGCUGGUCAUCCUGCAGUUUGACAUUGCAUUUAAGAUGUUUAACCAGAUUGAGGAUGGUGCGUUGGUGACUCUGGACGUGAAGCUGGCCUACAGGGAUGACACCAUCAGUGAGUGGACAGAGAUGGCUCACUCUUUCGAACAAAGAAAACUCAGCUGCAACUUUACCACUGCAAAGAGUUAUGAGAACGAGGGACGUUACUAUGAAUGUGACCUGCUGCCCUUCAUGGAAAUUGGCAGCGUGGCCCAUAAAUACUAUCUUCUCAACAUUCGUCUGCCCGUCAAUGAGCGCAAGAAGAUCAACGUGGGGAUUGGUGAAAUCAAAGACAUUCGUCUCGUUAGCAUCCACCAGAAUGGAGGCUUCACUAAAGUUUGGUUUGCCAUGAAGACCUUCCUCACACCCAGUAUACUCAUCAUCAUGAUCUGGUACUGGAGGCGCAUAACACUUAUGAGCAGACCUCCUGUGCUUCUGGAAAAGGUCAUCCUGGCUCUGGGCAUCUCCAUGACAUUCAUUAACAUCCCAGUGGAGUGGUUUUCUAUCGGCUUUAACUGGACAUGGAUGCUGCUCUUUGGAGACAUCAGACAGGGGAUCUUCUACUCCAUGCUGCUCUCCUUCUGGAUCAUCUUCUGUGGGGAGCACCUUAUGGACCAGACAGAGAGAAACCGUUUCUCAGUUUACUGGAAGCAGGUCGGACCGAUUGUAUUUGGCUCCUUCUGCCUUUUCAUCUUUGACAUGUGUGAGAGAGGUGUUCAGCUGACGAACCCUUUCUACAGCAUCUGGGCUUCUGAUGUUGGAACUGAACUGGCUAUGGCGUUCAUUAUUGUGGCAGGGAUCUGCGCCUGUCUCUACUUUUUCUUCCUUUGCUUCAUGGUUUUCCAGGUUUUUCGAAACAUCAGUGGCAAAAGGACAUCUCUGCCUGCCAUGUCUAAGGCAAGACGCCUACACUACGAGGGCCUCAUUUUCAGAUUCAAGUUCCUUAUGUUGGUCACUCUGGCCUGUGCUGCCAUGACUGUUAUCUUCUUCAUCAUCAGCCAGGUCAAUGAGGGACACUGGCACUGGGGAGGGCACACAGUGCAGGUGGGCAGCGCCUUCUUUACCGGUAUCUACGGCAUGUGGAACCUGUACGUCUUUGCAAUCAUGUUCCUCUACGCUCCGUCUCACAAGCGCUACGGAGAUGAGCAGGCAAGUGGUGAUGCCGCUGCAAACAGUGGAGAAGACAUCCAGCUGACCACGACCAUCACACACGUGGACGGUCCCACAGAGAUCUACAAGAUGACUGGCAAAGAGGCCCAGGAGUAGAUUUCAUACCUAUUUGACACUCCCCUGUUUUACCUACUGCUCCACUCAACCCCUCCCUUCUAUAUAUAUAUAUAUAUAUUCUCAAUAGGGUUUUUUCAUUACAUUUUUCAGCACUGACCACACAGCAACAGUUCACUGUGCAUGAGUCCACUCUCCCAAAACCAUCUGUUGUAGAACCUAGUACGUGCUACUCUCUACAUACCCUCCCUCCUCCUCCUCCUCCUCGUCUAUCUAAAGGCUGCCUAUUAUCAACACUCCUAUCAGUCCUUUUCAUUUCAUAGGUAUAUAUAUAUUUUUAUUUUCUUUCAUGUAAACAAUGAUGUAUUUGUCAGUGUUGCACAACGCUUUUGACUCUAAGUCAGGUACUGAAAAGCUGCUUUAAAAAAAGGAGAUUUAAGCGUAGGGAAAAUAGUUGCAGCAGUGACACUCCUGUUUGCAGGAACAGUGUGGUUUGUAAAGAUCCCAGCGUCUGACCACGAUACACGGCAGAAACAUAAUACUAUUCAGCCACCCGGCCAGAUUAUCUGCUUUAAAAUUUGUUUUACUCGGUCAAGGUAUUCAGAGCCUGAUGUACAUCACAUACACACAUUUCCUAGAAAGUAGAUAAUGUGGAGGACUGCUGUCAAUAUUAGUUUUGCAAUAGUUUUUUUUUUUUUUACAAUAUAUUUGGGGCAAAUGUACACACCACAUUGGGACAUGGAUGCUGUACUGUUCAUUAUGUUACAAUGUAGAUAUCUAUUUUUUAUAAGGUGCUUCUUUUUAACAUCACACACAUGCAUCAGACAUCAACCAUGUUUUGGAAGUUGUCUUUAGCUCUACGCUGUUUUUAGGUUUUUUUUUUUUUCUAUUAUAAUUUAAAUAAAAAAAAGACUUUUAC